AUGACAGACCACCACCCCCUAUCCGUCCACGACUUCCAUAAAGCGAUCGAAACCAUUUCCCUCGCCAUCGUACACAUAUUCCAGGUAGCCAGCGUCCUAUUCCCCGCCGCCGCAUACGCCUCGGACUUUCAAAGCGGUGAUAUCGUCGCGAUGUCUUCGUCCAUACUUCUACUGGCCAUGAUAGAGUUCUCCAGCUACAUACUACACUUCACCGACAACGAUGACGCCGAGCAAGCAGUGCCGAUGCUGUUCGCCGCGUGGGUGGGCUUCCUGGCUGCGACCUCGUUGUGGAUAUACACGCUUGCAACCGCUUACUGGUUCGGUGCCGCUCCAAGCACGAGUGCGAGAAAAUUCGUGAGAAGGCUUGCAUGGGCAGUUGUGUGGUAUUAG